AUGACUUACAAUACUCUUUCUUACCAGGAAUACAUGAAUCUGCUGCACUACCCCGAACGCUGGGGAGGCUCUGUUCCUCGAGAUAUAUCCAGAAAGGUUAUUUGUAAUGCGUUGUCACCAUCCAUAAGUGUCCAAAGUACCCCAACUCUAGACGCGCAUUUGAAGGAGGCGCUUGAUAUCGAUUCAAUGUAUAACUUGAUAAGAUGCUUUGGUGAUUAUAUUCAAGAUCGAGAUCAACUAGAUGAUAAGUCGAGUGAAAAGCUACAGCAUAAUUUUGGAAAACAGAGGCAUAAUUCGCUGCUCCUGAGAAGCUCUUCUCUGUAUAUCCGGUUCCUCAAGUCCCCGGAGGAGAUAUUAGAGCCUGGGAGCAGGAAUGUAAUGGAUCUACAAAAUCUUGAGGAUUACUUGAAGGUGUACUUGAAAAAGAUUGAAAAAAUAUCCACGAAUGAUUCCCCCAGUCAACUGAUAAAGCAUUCAAUAUUCCAUAAUUUUCUGACUUUAUUAUCAUCAUCUGCACCCUCUCCAUAUAACGCUUUCAAUCAUCCAAUUUUAAAUAUAAUGGCACUUGAUGUUACUAAAGGCGAAACCUAUGACGUAGCGCGAGAGCUGUUGGUGGAUUUCAAGAACCUUCCAAAUAGCAUAAAAAAAUUCCCCCCUUACAUUAAUACUAGUGAUAUUUUACCGGUAUUUGUAUUGUGUUUUGAUCAAUCUGUCCCGGAACAGUGGGAGGCUGUUCAGUCGUUGAUGAAAUCAAUCAAGAAACACCUAUUUGUGGAGAGUGUCCCGCUGCCAUUGUUCACUCAGUUCGAUGAUAAAAAAAUAGUCCUGCAUUCACCCAUAGCCAGUUCUAGACAAACAGAAGAAUACGAUAAUUUAUAUCCAAGUGGCCUAACGUUUUCAGCAGAACUGGUAAAAGUAAUAUAUGACACCAUAAACUCACUUGUCGAGGAUUUGAUGAUACCGUUUAUGCAGCGGAAGAUAUCCUUCUGGACUGAAACUAUAUUACAACCAAGGAAGUCCAUUUUUCAUGGCAAUAAAUUUCUGAAAAGGUUUAUGUCAAAAUCAGGGAGCGUACCUAACGUUGCAGCACCGGUAUCACCGGAGGGCUAUUUUUUGGUAUCAUCAAAUGAGUUCUUAAUGCGUAAAAUGGCUGAUUGGUGUUUCAUGUUAGCAGAUUACAAAACAUCGUACUCUAUUUAUGAAAUGUUGAUCAAAGAUUUUGAGGGCUAUCCAUUUUAUAUUUUAUCUUGCCAAGAUUUUGCAGCACUAUCAUUAUUAAUGGGCGCCCACACGAUCGUCACGGCAAAAAUGAUUAAGCAUGACAUUGAUCCUCUGAUUAUGAGUUAUUUGGACACAUACGUAGAGGGUCAUGAACCACUAGAGUUUGUAAGGUGUAUGCUGUACAUGACAGAACUUUUCCUGUCGCUGAGUGACACUUGGGUCUCGUCACCAUACGCCAUCAAAUAUUUAGAGGUUCUAUUACAAGGAGACAGGCUAAAGUCAACUCCAUUAUCCAGAACGUUAAUAUGGGAGCGCAUAAGUUUUGCUUAUGGAUUACGUAUAGACCCCCGUAUCCAUUUAGAGGAAGAAUCUGCCACGGAAAGUGAUCAACCUGGUGACAUUGAAGAAUACCCUAACCCUGAAAAACUUCAGUAUAGUAGCCUACAAAACCAAGGUUAUACAAGGUUUAGAAAACAAGCGGUUUUUCAACUUCUGGUAGCGAAGAAAUGGCUUCAAAAUGGCCAGGUCAGGCAAAGUGCAUGGGCCUUAAAAGGUUGCAAUAAAGCAUAUCAGAAUUUGGCAUUUGCAAAUCAAGAUGGAACAUUGUUGACGAAAUUGAUAGAUGCAAUAGUUGAUGAUGAAAAAAAUGGCGACCGUGGAGUACAUACAGCUGAUGUUUAA